AACAAAAGUGAACAGCUUCUGGUGUAACCCGGAAGUAGUUCUCUUGCUGUUAGCUCAUAGUUGUGGUAGUAUUCAUGCCGUGAUUAAUUCAAACAACGAUAUUUAAUCAUGUCGGCGGAAGCUAUCAGCGUGACAGUCACUUACGGUUCUUCGAAGCACAGGAUCACAGUCACCAGUCAAGAGGAUGGCAAGAGCCCCACUGUCAAAGACUUGUCAGAUUGUCUCACUCAGCUCACAGGAGUUCCUCCAGGCUCUCAGAAGCUCAUUUUCAAGGGCAAGUCGCUGAAGGACUUGGAGCAGACGCUGUCCAGCCACGGGAUAAAAGACGGAUCCAAGCUCAUGAUGAUUGGAAAACGGAACAGUCCAGAAGAGGAAGCUGAGCUAAAGAAGCUAAAAGAAAUUGAAAAAUCAGUGGAGCAGACGGCUAAAAAGCUCGAGAAGGUUGACGGAGAAUUGACUGGACUCAAGAACGGCUUCCUUGCCAAAGAUCUUCAGGCUGACGCUCUCGGCAAACUGGACCAUCGAGUGAAAGUCGCGGCUGAACAGUUCAUGAAGAUCCUGGAGCAGAUUGAUGCUCUGAGCGUCCCGGAGAACUUCAACGACUGCCGUAUGAAGAAAAAAGGCCUUGUAAAGACAGUGCAGGACUUUCUGGCUCAGUGUGACAAGAUUGAGGCCUGCAUAUCAGACCACUUGACGAAGAUCCAGUCAAAAAAUCUGGCGCUGGCGGAGUGAAGCCGUCUUAAUACUGUUAUUGCUCUGUGAGCAACUACUGUGCCGUGUGUAACGCGCGCACCCGCGACUGUAUUUAUUGCUAAUGUGCUCAAUCCUUUAGUUUCUAGUGCUUGUAGAUUACGCCAUUUUCAUCACUGUAUAAUCCCAGAUUUAUCAUGUAUGCCCUAUGACCAUUAUUACUAAAUAGACGACUGAAGAUUUUUAAUUAAAAUAUAUUCAAGUGUUCUGUAGCA